CAGUGGGACAGGCGUUGCCGGGUUGCAGGUCCCGCCAGUGCAAGCGCAACGGAGGUCGAAGGCGUUCAGACUCUUAGCUGAACGCGGAGCUGCGACGGCUAUGCUGUGGAGCGGCUGCCGGCGUCUCGGGGCGCGCCUCGGCUGCCUGCCCGGCGGUCUGCGGGCCCUCGUCCAGACCGGCCACCGGAGCUUGACCUCCUGCAUCGACCCUUCCGUGGGACUUAAUGAAGAGCAGAAAGAAUUUCAGAAAGUGGCCUUUGACUUUGCUGCCCGAGAGAUGGCUCCAAAUAUGGCAGAAUGGGACCAGAAGGAGCUGUUCCCAGUGGAUGUGAUGCGGAAGGCAGCCCAGCUAGGCUUCGGAGGGGUCUACGUACAAACAGAUGUGGGUGGGUCUGGGCUGUCACGUCUUGAUACCUCUGUCAUUUUUGAAGCCUUGGCUACAGGCUGCACCAGCACCACAGCCUAUAUAAGCAUCCACAACAUGUGUGCCUGGAUGAUUGAUAGCUUUGGAAAUGAGGAACAGAGGCACAAAUUUUGCCCACCGCUCUGUACCAUGGAGAAGUUUGCUUCCUAUUGCCUCACUGAACCAGGAAGUGGGAGUGAUGCUGCCUCUCUUCUGACCUCUGCUAAGAAACAGGGAGAUCAUUACAUCCUCAAUGGCUCCAAGGCCUUCAUCAGUGGUGCUGGUGAGUCAGACAUCUAUGUGGUCAUGUGCCGAACAGGAGGACCAGGCCCCAAGGGCAUCUCAUGCAUAGUUGUUGAGAAGGGGACCCCUGGCCUCAGCUUUGGCAAGAAGGAGAAAAAGGUGGGGUGGAACUCCCAGCCAACACGAGCUGUGAUCUUCGAAGACUGUGCUGUCCCUGUGGCCAACAGAAUUGGGAGCGAGGGGCAGGGCUUCCUCAUUGCCGUGAAAGGACUGAACGGAGGGAGGAUCAAUAUUGCUUCCUGCUCCCUGGGGGCUGCCCACGCCUCUGUCGUCCUCACCCGAGACCACCUCAAUGUCCGGAAGCAGUUUGGAGAGCCUCUGGCCAGUAACCAGUACUUGCAAUUCAAACUGGCUGAUAUGGCAACAAGGCUGGUGGCCGCGCGGCUGAUGAUCCGCAAUGCAGCAGUGGCUCUGCAGGAAGAGAGGAAAGAUGCAGUGGCCUUGUGCUCCAUGGCCAAGCUCUUUGCUACAGAUGAAUGCUUUGCUAUCUGCAACCAGGCCUUACAGAUGCACGGGGGCUAUGGCUACCUGAAGGAUUACGCUGUUCAGCAGUACGUGCGGGACUCCAGGGUCCACCAGAUUCUAGAAGGGCUGUUCUGGCAGAGGCUUGGUGCAUAAAAACAGCUCCAGCCUGGAGUCCAGAGCCUCAGCUUCGUCAGUAUGGGUGGGCAUCAGAUCGCUCUGCUACUGCCCUUUUCCUCUGUAGAUUGGCGAGAAGGGUGAACUGAGAUAAUGGAUGCGAAAGCAUGUUGAAAACUACAGCCGGGGCUUUUCUCUAAGGUUAUAGAGUACGUGGUUCUCAGGGAUCCAAGAACAGUGAUGUACAAGGCAAAUGUGAGCCAGGAUGGUCAUCAGUAGCUCUAUAUUGAUUAUCAGCCAGAUGGCCUAAAAGAUACCUGUCUCAAUAUUACUAGUGUGUUUUUCAAUAAAAUAAACCAUCAGUAUGUGGGUAUCUUCUUGGUAGUCACAGACAUUCUGUCUAGGAAACAUGUAAGCCGUUGGGGUCAGGCUCGGAGCCUGGCUCUCUCCACUCUCUACAGCUAGUGCAGAAGUCUUGAAAUGACACAACUCUUGGAAAAGCAGGAGGGGCAGAGGCUUCUUUGAGCGACUUCAGUGAAGCAACGUGAGGCUGCCUUGCUGGAAACAUUAUAUAAUGGGGCUUCCCUGCCCCUUUCACAGCAUGCUUCUCAAACCUCAACCUGUGCUGGAAUCGCCUGGAGGGCAUGGGAGCACAGACUCAACCUCAGAGCUUCUGCUCCAGAGGGUCUAGUGUGGGCCUGGGAAUUUGUAUCUGCAACAAGUCUUCAAGUGAGGCUGCCACAGCUUGUCUGAGAACCACACUUUGAGACCUACCACUCUGGUGUUAAUGUCAGAGUCACAGGCUACCACAGGUUAGACUGCUGCUUUCUUCUGCAAACCUCAUUCCAGAAGGAUGUUUAUGGGCUCAGUCGCCAGUGUUCAAACUGAAUUCCCCAGACUCUUUUUCCUUCCAUUACUCUUGGAAUUGCUUUCUCACUGAGCUUUAUGGGCGUAGGAAACUUCACCUUCAUUCUAACUCUCAACCCUGCAGUAAUAAGCAGGAAAACAUUUAUUUUAGGCCACACCAUCACCCACUUACAGAAGAAUUGGGGCACUCACCACUGUAUCACUUUGUUUCAUCGUGGACUUUACUUUGAAUAAAUCUACAAUUUAUGCUUUAUUUGAGACGAUGUGACUACUGAUUCCUCGAGGGGGUUUAUAUUUCUUUUUGCAUUAAAGGCCACUGCUAAAAAUGAA